AUGUCUGAAGCUGCGGUCAACAGCAACGGCAGCGGCAGCAGCGACGGCAACAGUGCAGGCCUUGACCUGGCUGUCUUAGAAAGGAACCUCAAGUCAUCCUCCACGGCGGUGCGCAUUGCCAAGCUCCAGCAAGUGGACGACCUUGUUGCCCGCAAAGCGCUGGACCAACAGCUUGUCCCUGGCAUCCUGAAGCUCCUGUUUGAUACACACGCGCUGUAUCAAGACCGUGAAUCCCGCUUGGCCGUGCAGAAAUGCCUCUCCUCCAUCAUAGACGCCGGGGCGAGCUCCGAGACAUUGGCGCCAAUCGUGAGGGCCCUGCGUCAAGAGAGCCAAAAGCCAGGCAUUGCCGCCUCCAGUGCUUUUGUAUUGGUGGAAUGGUGCAGCAUUUUGAUGCAACACCUGGCUGGGUCCCCUAUGUGGGAGGAGUUGGCCAAAGACAUUCUGCUGGCCGAGGCUGAUGCAUUGGACAAGUCACUGCAGCCGAGCACCAAGACUGGUGUGGUAAAAUCCGCCACCGUUGUGGCCAGAAGGGGAUUUCGAAAGAUGCUUUUGCCAGUACAGUAUCGUGAAAAGGCAUUGAACGACGCAGUGGCCGUCUUGACUGCCAAAGGCAGCCAACCCGUGGCCAAAAAUGCGUUGAUGCUUGGAAUCAUUGCCGGUGUUUGUGCCCGCCAGCCUCUUCUCAAACCCCUCCUUGAAACACUCAAGCCCAGAUAUUACGAAUUUUAUAUCCGGGAGAUAGUCGGCUCUCGAACAGCAGUACCCCAGCAUCUCGCAUUGAGCUUGGAUGACUUCUUUCUUAAUUUCACCGACCUAGCCGAGAUAGAGCAGACCAUCGUUCCGGCAAUCGAAAAGGGGCUUCUGCGUGCGCCAGAGGUUGUUCUAGGAGGUGUUCUGAAACCUCUUGUUGACUCUCUCCCCGGCAGCUUUGACUUGUCGAAAAUUCUCGAGCGUCAGCUGCUGAAGCCUCUGCUAUCAAACGUCAAGUCCACGAAUCCGGCCAUCCGCAGUGGCGCCAUUACCGCUUUCCGCGCUGUCGUCGCCAAAUGCUUGGAUAUGAAAGCUGUGGAUACCAUUGUCAGUGAAGUUGCUAACCCUCUAGGAUCUGGCAAGCUUGCAUCGCCCGACCACCGAAUCCUCCAUGCCGAAAUGCUCAGUGCAGUCCCUCUGUGCGAACAGAGCGCAACGAAGAUCUGCACAGCGGUAACAACCGUCGCCGUCAAGGAGGGCAAUGAGCUUGCUUUGGCUGCCGAGACUUCGGCUCUGGCAAGGGCCGCUACCCUGCUUCUUGAGACUGGCUGUGAGCUACCGAAGCCAGUUUUGGAUGCCGUGACGAAGGGACUGGCAGAGAAGAAGUCGGCUUCUCGUCGUCUUUGGAUGCUUCGUGUAGGAGCGAUCCUGCGCUCGUUGGACUGCGCGCCAUCAAGUCCUGGACUAUCUGCAUUUGUGGAAGCAACGACGCCAAAACUGAUCGCCAACUUUGACGAGGUCAUCUCCAACGCAGCCAUGUCCGGUCAGAACGGCCUUCUUGUUGGAGCCUACAUUCUCACUGCACUCACGCCGACCAUUUUGCAAAAAUUUCCGGCAUCCUCGAUUCAAUCGCCUUUGAACAAAACAGACGUUCCAACCCAAGCUCUGUCGUUAGCCUCGAAGCAGGCCUUCCUCUUGAAUCGCCGCAUCUACAACAAGAUCAACUCGGAGGAAGAUCUACAUUGGCUCUGCUAUGCCCUAGCCUCCGUCGCUUUGCGGCUGAAUAGCAGUUCAGACCAGGACGUUACUCUGGCCUGGGCUGAGGCGAUCAUUUAUUUGAUGACCGCCACUAACGUCCCGCCCAAAGUGCAACAAGAGGCGGCGAAGUCACUGACUAGGCUAUAUACCCAGAACCCGACCGUCAUCUCAAAGUUUAUCAUUGAAGGCCUUUGGAACACCUUUGAGCAGGAUGAGACCAAGGAGAAGGACGGCUGGACAGAACGUACAAAUCUCAUUUACGCAUUGAGGUCUAUUUGCCUCGAGCCUGGAGAAAUUGCUGCCUUGGAAGCCAACGUUGACAGGAAAGCUCUCGAAGCGCAAGCGUGCGCUGUCUUGGUGUUGUCCCGCCCAGAGCUUAUCCCGCGGUCCAGUUGGAUAGACACUUGCCUCAGGAUGGGUGUAGACCCAGGGAACCUUGCUCGGGAACACCUGCCCAUCUUGCUUAAGGAAAUUGGGUUGAGAACCUCUUUCGACCAGCCCGAUCUCAUAAGGCAAGCAGCCUACAAGGCUGCUGCUGAACUGGCCUUUGUUGCCCCUAGCACCGUCGUACCACGGUUGAUGGAGUUGGUCAGCCGCGAUUUGGAUGCAAAUCAGCUUCGUGAUGUUGGUCCUGUGGAAGCUGCCAUUUUCCGAACUCCGGAAGGCACUUGCUUCGUUGACGUUCUGGCCAAGAAGAACCAGAACGUCGUUCCAAACAAAAACAGCAAAGACUACGAGAUUCUUCAGUGGGAAGAGGAGCUCAGGACUCAAUUGGAGCAGAAGAAGGGGCAGCAGCGAAAGCUCACUGCUGAAGAAACCGCCAAAGUAAAGGCUCAGUUGAAGAAGGAAUCACAAAUACGGAAGUCUAUCCAGGAAAGCGAAGCCAGGAUGUUGCGCGGCAUCGGUAUCAUCGGAUCCCUCGCAACUGGACCACCAACCGAUGCCACCCUGUGGCUUGGGCCAGCAGUUUCUCUCCUUUUGGGUAUUAUUGACGCCGGUGCCAGUCUAAUUAUUGGAGAUGCGGCCCCCUUGGCAUACAUUGUUUGCGCAGACAAGAUGGCAGUCAGGCUGGGACCGAUCCGGAAAUUUAUCGGAGUUGCGACCCUCAGGGCCCGAGGAGUAGCACUCUCCGAAGGUUACAAUCAAGAGCAGCUUGACAGCCUUGUCACCAGAGUGUUGUACCGUCUCCGCUUUGCCGGAGAGCAGAGACCAUUUGAUUCCGUCUCUCUGAUCUACGCUCUGCCGCUCAUUCUCGAUCUGGUGCGAAAUGGUGGCGUUGGAGAUGCUGAAGAUGACCGCGACGCUCAGCUUGUUCUCGCUGCCGAGUUUCUCUCCUUCCACACGAAUGUGUGCGAGGAUGAGGCGGUGCCCCGAGUCGAGCUACUCUCUGUUCUAAUCCUAUCCAUGGAAAAGUACGCACAACACUACAAACUUUUCAAGGACUGCUUUUCCGACAUGUGCCGCUGUAUUGCACCAAACAUCAGCCAAGGCGAAAUGUCAGUUUUGGCCAAGGGAACAACUGCUCGGCAAGCCAAUGUUAGGACCACUAUCCUGCAGUCGAUAAGUGCCGAUAUCGACAUGAGCGAACUUGACUACUCUGACGAGAUAUGGCUCGCAUGCCACGAUGAUGAGGAGGAAAACCGGGAACUUGGUCAAGAGAUCUGGGAGGAGAGCGGUUUCAAGCUCAAUGAAAUGGUUCCUAUGGGAAUCAUGCCCUACCUGGAAAGCAAGGAUGCUCAACUGCGAAGGGCAGCCGCACGGUCUUUGGCCGAUGCUGCGCAAGCCCACAAAGAAUCUCUGAGAAUCGUGAUUCCUCAUCUCAAAGUCACUUACGCGGAACUGGCCAAACCCAAGGUGCAGCAACUCGACGAGUUUGGCAUGCCCAAGAAAAUGGAUCUGUCCGACCCCUGGGAGGCAAGGCAGGGCAUUACUACUGGCUUCAAGGAGCUAACGUCAGUCUUGGACAAGGCGCAGAUCGACGACCUCUUCAACUUCCUGAUCGAAUCCGGCCCCCUUGGAGACAAAAGUGACGCUGUCAGGGGCGAGAUGCUUGACGCGGCAAUUCGAGCUACUGAAGUCCACGGCAAGGGCAUGAUCGAUCAGCUGAUGAAGAAGUUUGAGCGAACCCUCGAGCAGCCGGACAAGAACAGCGAUGCCGCUGACCGAGUGAACGAAGCUGUUAUUAUCAUGUACGGAGCCCUGGCGCGCCAUCUGAAACCUGGUGAUGCCAAGAUCCCCAUUGUCAUCGAGCGUCUGCUCGCAACCCUGAGCACGCCGUCCGAGACGGUGCAGUAUGCCAUCGCUGAUUGCUUACCUCCCCUUGUGAAGGUUUGCUCGGACAAGUCGUCCAAGUACUUCGAUCAAGUCUUGGAAGUGCUGCUCAGCUCCAAAAGCUACGCCACACAAAGAGGAGCCGCCUACGGCCUAGCAGGCUUGGUCCUUGGGCGAGGAAUUUUCUCGCUCCGAGAAUAUCGCAUCAUGUCGACUCUCAAAGCUGCCAUUGACAACAAGAAGGAGGCUAACCAGCGAGAGGCGGCACUGCUAGCAUUCGAGUUGCUGUCUACCGUCCUCGGCCGCCUCUUCGAGCCGUACGUCAUCCAAAUCGUGCCCUUGCUCCUCAGUGGAUUUGGUGACACCAACGGAGAUGUUCGCGACGCUUGCCUUGCGGCUGCUAAAUCCUGCUUCGGUAAAUUGAGCUCGUUCGGUGUCAAGCAGAUCAUGCCUACGUUACUCGAGGGCCUGGAGGAUCAGCAAUGGCGCAGCAAGCGAGGCGCUUGCGACCUUCUCGGUGCCAUGGCCUACCUUGAUCCGAACCAACUCGCAAACAGUCUACCGGAAAUCAUUCCCCCGUUAACAGGCGUGUUGAAUGACAGUCACAAAGAGGUCAGGGCGGCGGCAAACAGGAGUUUGAAGCGGUUCAGCGAGGUUAUCCACAACCCCGAGAUCAAGAGCUUGGUCGACAUCCUCCUCAAGGCUCUUAGCGAUCCUACCAAGUAUACGGAUGAGGCGCUCGACCAGCUCAUCAAGGUGCAGUUCGUUCAUUAUCUGGACGCACCCUCUUUGGCGCUGGUCACUCGCAUCCUGCAGCGCGGUUUGGGUGACCGUUCCAACACCAAGCGCAAGGCCGCACAGGUCAUUGGCAGUUUGGCUCACCUGACGGAGAAGAAGGACAUCAUAACCCAUUUGCCAGUCCUUGUCGCCGGUCUGAAAGUUGCCGCCGUUGACCCUGUGCCGACGACUCGCGCAACGGCAUCCAGGGCGCUGGGCUCGCUAGUCGAGAAGCUUGGAGAAGAUGCCCUCCCCGACCUCAUUCCCGGCUUGAUGCAGACUCUCAAAUCAGACACUGGUGCGGGAGACCGCCUUGGUUCUGCGCAAGCUCUCAGCGAGGUCUUGGCCGGACUGGGCACAACCCGGCUGGAGGAGACGCUACCCACAAUCUUGCAAAAUGUCGAAUCCUCCAAACCGGCUGUUAGAGAAGGCUUCAUGUCGCUAUUCAUCUUCCUUCCGGUCUGCUUUGGCAACAGCUUUUCCAACUACCUUGGCCGCAUCGUCCCUCCCAUCUUGGCUGGUUUGGCAGACGACGUCGAAUCUAUCCGGGAGACCGCUCUUCGUGCCGGGCGCCUCCUUGUGAAGAACUUUGCGGUUCGUGCCAUCGAUCUUCUCUUGCCAGAGCUCGAACGCGGUCUGGCGGACGAUAGCUACAGAAUUCGCCUCAGCUCCGUGGAGCUUGUUGGCGAUCUCCUAUUCAACCUCACCGGCAUCAAGGCCGACCAUGAGGCAGACGAGGAGGCAGACGAAGAUGCCGCCAAGGAAGCGGGAGCUUCACUCAAGGAAGUUCUCGGAGAGGAGAAACGGAACAAGAUCCUCUCAGCCCUCUACGUUUGCCGCUGCGACACCGCUGGUGCUGUGCGGUCGGCUGCCAUUGCCGUUUGGAAGGUCCUUGUGCCGAGCCCGAGAACGCUCAAGGAGCUCGUCCCAACCCUCACGCAGCUUCUCAUCCGCCGUCUUGGCAGCGCCAACAUGGAGCACAAGGUCAUUGCCAGCAACGCGCUGGGCGAGCUUAUACGCAAGGCCGGAGACAGUGUCCUGUCCAGCCUCCUGCCUACCCUUGAGGAAGGGUUGCAGACAUCUACCGACUCCGAUGCGAAGCAGGGUAUCUGCUUGGCUCUCCGGGAGCUCAUCUCCUCGGCCUCCACCGAAGCCAUGGAAGACCAUGAAAAGACUCUCAUCUCCGUCGUGCGCACCGCAAUCACAGAUUCGGAUGAGGAAGUUAGGGAGGCUGCUGCUGAGGCGUUUGAUUCUCUGCAGCAGAUUCUUGGCAAACGAGCUGUCGACCAAGUUCUUCCCUUCCUUCUCAGCCUCCUCCGAUCCGAAAGUGAAGCGGAGAACGCGCUUUCGGCACUCCUCACGCUGCUCACUGAGACAACACGAUCCAACAUAAUCCUUCCGAACCUGAUUCCGACCCUGACAACACCGCCGAUCUCUGCUUUUGAUGCCAAAGCGUUGGCCUCCUUGUCCAAGGUUGCUGGUGCUGCGAUGAACCGACGUCUGCCAAACAUUAUCAACUCGUUGAUGGAGAACGAAAUCAACUGCCAGGAGGAAGAGCUUCGCGUAGAACUCGAGGCUUCGUUUGAUACAGUAAUACAGUCGAUUGACGAGUAUGACGGCCUGAAUACUGCCAUGAACGUCCUCCUGGGCCUCCUCAAGCACGAUGACCAUCGGCGAAGGGCAGCUACCGCGCGACACAUGGGUAACUUCUUCGCCUCAUCUUCCGUCGAUUAUUCACGCUACAAUCAGGACAUCAUCCGCUCUUUGCUCAACUCCUUUGAUGAUAGCGAUCUGGAAGUCGUUAAGGCAGCUUGGGCAGCGCUGAGCGGGUUUACGAAGAAGCUCAAAAAGGAAGAUAUGGAAUCGCUGGUGCUUUCCACCAGGCAGACGCUUAUACGUGUUGGUGUUGCAGGGGCGAACCUGAAGGGAUUCGAACUCCCCAAGGGCAUCAACGCCAUCCUGCCCAUCUUUUUGCAGGGUCUCAUGAACGGAACGGCAGAACAGAGAGUACAGGCCGCUCUUGGCAUCUCGGACAUUGUCGACAAGACAAGCGAGUCGUCGCUCAAGCCUUUCGUGACGCAGAUCACCGGCCCGCUCAUCCGCGUCGUGUCUGAGCGAGCCACAGAAGUUAAGGAAGCCAUUCUCCUCACGCUUAACAACCUGCUGGACAAGAUGCCCACGGCUUUGAAGCCAUUCUUGCCCCAGCUGCAGCGAACAUUUGCAAAGUCAUUGGCGGACACCUCUAGCGAAACCCUGAGGUCCAGAGCAGCAAAGGCGCUCGGGACCUUGAUCAAGUACACACCCCGAAUCGAUCCACUUAUCGCCGAGCUGGUUACCGGUUCCAAGACGGCGGAUCCGGGAGUGAAGACUGCCAUGCUCAAGGCUUUGUACGAGGUCAUUAGCAGAGCCGGCGCGAACAUGGGCGAGUCGUCACGGACAGCUGUACUGUCACUGAUCGACAUAGAAACUGGCGAGAGAGAUGAGGCGAUGACGGUAACAAAUGCAAAGCUUCUGGGCGCACUGAUAAAGAACGUUCCCGAAGAUGUUGCCAUGUCGCUGCUCAAACAACGCGUCAUUACCGCCCAGUUCAGCAAUUUCUCCGUACUUGCACUUAACUCGGUGAUUGUCGAAUCACCAGAUACCCUUCUUCUCAGUGCUCUGGCAGAUGAAUUGCCCGACUUGCUCUGCCGGGGUAUGACAAGCAAGAGCACAUACAUUGCCGACAACUUCAUCCUGGCGACAGGAAAAGUCUUGUUGACCUCGCCACCAAAAAGUUUCGACAGCGCCAAGAAAAUAUUUGAGACGCUGGCGACGAUCAUCACCCCAGGCAAUCCCACUGAUUCUCGCCGGCUGGCACUGGUCGUGGCUCGCACACUGAGCAGGACAAACAUGGAAAUGAUCCGGCCCCAUCUGCCCUUUCUGGCACCUCCCAUCUUUGCCAGUGUUCGGGAUCCUGUGAUCCCGGUGAAGCUGGCUGCAGAAGCGGCGUUUGUGGAACUAUUUAGCGUCGUGGACGAGGAGGAUCGCGUCUUUGAGAAGUUCAUGGCCGGUCCCGGGGCGGAAAUGGCGCCAAACACGAAGAGGAGCAUGUCCGACUACUUCAAGCGGGUCGCCAUGAGGCUGGGGUCACAGGCUAGAGAGAGGAGAGAAGCAGAAGGAGGUCAGGGCGGCCUGGGCCUGUCCAAUGAUGAGCAGGAGGACGAAAAGGAGAUUUGGAGCGUUGUGCACGUGAACCCACAAACUCUCAGCGCAAUCUGUGUGCCCAAGAAAUUCUGGACGUUCGAAACCCCUCCAGACUUCAGCAACCUCACACCCAACGAGGACCGGCCAUCACCAUCGACAGUCAAGAUGGUCAACCUGCGAACCCAGAAGCGCCUUGCCGCGUCGGUCAUCGGCUGUGGCAAGCGCAAGAUCUGGCUCGACCCCAACGAGCAGAGCGAAAUCUCCAACGCCAACUCUCGCCAGACUGUCCGGAAGCUCGUCGCCGAUGGCCUCAUCAUCCGCAAGCCCGUCACGAUGCACUCGCGAUCCAGAGCCCGCGAGCUGAACCUUGCCCGAAGAGAAGGCCGACACCGUGGCUACGGUAAGAGAAAGGGUACCGCCGACGCCCGCAUGCCCCAGCAGGUUCUCUGGAUGCGCCGCCUCCGCGUCCUCCGCCGCCUUCUCGUCAAGUACCGUGCCAGCGGAAAGAUCGACAAGCACCUGUACCACGAACUGUACCACUCCAGCAAGGGUAACGCCUUCAAGCACAAGCGCGCCCUGGUCGAGCACAUUCACCGUGCCAAGGCUGAGAAGCACCGUGAGCAGAUGCUCAAGGAGGAGAUGGACGCCAAGCGUGCGAAGACCAAGGCUGCCCGCGAGCGCAAGAUGGAGAGGGUUGCGGCGAAGCGAACUGCCAUGCUGGCCGACGAGUAG